CCGUUGCGGGCAUCAUAGUCGGAUCCCUCUGCGGCGCCGUCGUCCUCGCCGGCCUCGCCUUCCUCCUCUACCGCGUUUAUAGGAGAAAGUGUGGGGCGCGGAUGCGAUAUGAAAGAUUAGGUGGGAUGCAAAAGCAGCCGGCGCCGGCCGUUCAGAUCGACGGCAAAAGUUUGGCGACGCCCUCUGUAAGGUAUGUAUGUUUAAAGACCGUACCGUUCACCCUUCCACCUGCCCCCAUCCCGCGGGAGCGCAUCGGGGGCUUCACAUUCCCCCCUCCGGCCUCACCCAUGCCUGACAUGCUGGACCAGCCGGACAUGAGAGGAUCGGCAGAAAGGAGGCCCUCGGUCACCAUGGAGCGGAGGCCGUCCUACGCAGGAUGCCAAGUCCCCAUCAUUAAUCAAGAACAGCAAAAGGUCAUCUCGUCGUCGUCGUCGGCGUACGAUCAGGAGAACGAUGGACGUCGCGAUAGCGUGGGUACCCUCAGCCUAUGCAGCGCCGAUUCCGCCGAGGGAGGUUCCCCUACCCACAAUACCAGUUCACCCCGGACAAACUCCCGCAGACCGUCCGCCACGGAUAUCAUGAGUCCGCCAGUUGGUGCCUUCGUACUCGGUGGUCUGAAUCCCGAGCUCUACAAGCUGCAAGACGAGGAAGAGGAGUCCGAUUUCGCUGACGACCACAUCGGCCGGAUAUGGUUUGCUGUGGAGUACGAGCUCGAAUCCGAACGCCUUGUCGUUUCUCUCAUAAAGUCCAAAAACCUACCCAGCAGGACACUAGGUAGUGCCAACCAGUGCGAUCCGCUGGUGAAAGUCUUUCUGCUUCCCGAGGAAAGACGUCAUCUCCAGUCAAAGAUUAAACGGAAAACUUGCAACCCCAAGUUCGACGAAAGCUUCGUCUUCCAGGUUACGUUCAAAGCGUUGCAGCAACGCACCCUUCGUCUCUCCGUUUAUGACGUAGAUCGCUCCAAGAAGCACAGGCUGAUCGGCCACUGUACCUACCCUCUCAAAGACAUGGACUACGAGGCUCAUCAGAAAGUUGUUAUGUGGCUGGAUCUGGAGAAGGAGGUCAAUGAGCAACCUGCAUCUUCGGAGACUGGCGAUAUCCACUUCUCAUUAAACUACAACAACACAAACGAGCGACUAACUGUAGUUAUUGCUGAAGGAAGAGGUUUCAAAAUGCUCGAUGCCUUUCAACAUGUCGAUAGCUAUGUCAAAGUAAGUCUGAUGAACAUUGGGAAAGUGGUCAAAGCCAAAAAGACGGAGGUCGUCAAGAAGAACCCGUCACCAACCUUUAACGAGUCAUUUCAUUUUAAGCUUCCACCAGAUGGCCUCGACAUGUACAGUAUCUCAGUGGCCGUUAUGCAGCAUGCGCCUGGGGUCAAAGGUGACAAACAGAUCGGCAGAGUGGUCGUCGGUCCUUUCAUGUACGCUCGGGGAAAAGAAUUGGAGCAUUGGAAUGACAUGGUCAGUCAUCCCAAAGAGUCCAUUUCACAGUGGCACUCCUUGACGUGAAUAUUAGAACUUUACUUUUUAACCAAACCCUUUAGGUACAGCGACGGAGCAGGCCCCGUGCAUGACCAUCUCUGUGUACGACCGACCGCGUAAGAUAGAGCAAGAAGUUCCAGGUGACAAAGAGUGAAUGUGGAUGAUAGAGAGAGGGAGGAGUGAAAGAGAGUGAGGAAAUUAAUCUUGUGAAAGAGCAAAAGGUUGUGAUUGAGAGCAGAGACGUGGAAUACAAGAGUGUAUGAAAGUGACUGACAUUUGAAGUUUCCAGUUUCUGGAUACGAUUGGAUACCUUUGGGGAACAACUGGCUGUAUGCUAUUGGUGACUCAUUACUCGGUUUUCGGCCUACUCCAUGGACACAAAUUGUAGGACGUACCACCAGAGGACCCAACGUAACGUUGGAAACGUUGAUUCCAGAACCUAAACCAGUCUCCAACCCUAUAUUCUAUAUCCCAUCUUAAAUAGCAUAUGAAUGAUAACGUUUGCUGAUUGUGAAUAAAGUGGGAUUGAAAUGCCGUACCUUUUGAAACCAUCAACCAAGUCAUCACUGUGACGUGUAUCUUGGCAUUAUUUGCAAGAUCGUCAUACUCGUCGAGCUCCUCUUCCGUACCAUUGACUUGUAGUUUCAAUGCCUGUACCAACAUGACCAAUUUAUCAGGACGAAGUCACCCAUCUCAUGGACAACGAAAACCCCAACUGAAAGUAAUAAUGAAAAAUUGGAAAAGAUACUACUUCAUUAUGUCUAUCGAAUAGUUUUAAUUCAUUGUGGAUCAACUGGAGUUACAAAACGCAUGUGAUUUGAAAGGACCAGCCAUGAUUUGUCUGAAUUUCGGGUUAGCCUGUCUCACAUGUUACUUCGUCCAAAAAGGAAACUUUUGCGGGGCUGAACUUCCGUCAACUUUACCACACAAAUAUACGCUUGCAAGACCACCAUCGUGAUCAGGAUACCUUGUCUUGAAUAUGCCAAAAAGGAAAUUAAGAUAUUGAGCCGAAUAAAGGAACAUAUUCCAGUCGGUAUGAUCAACGAAUUACAACAAUUUCACAAUCAAUUUAAUGUUUUGGAUGAAAAAAAGGGUUGCAAGUCGAAAGAUUUGAAAGAAUCUCUUCGAGGAAUUGGACAAAGUACGGUAACGAGACGCUGGAGAGAUCACUGUUUUGCUGACCUGACCAAAGAUAGGUAACCGUAAUGGGCAAAGCCGAAAAAAUAAUGGAUCAUUUAUUAAAUUUAGUAGGAAGAGAUGUCAAAAGGGACUCCUUUUGUUAAUUGUAUUCCGAUGAAAUGGUUAUAAAUCUCUCAGUUCAUCAUCGUUUUCAUAUAAGUCUCCUAGGGCGAAGUUGGUUGUCAUGAGUAUUAGAUAAGUACAUGCAGUAAAGAUGGUAUGUAGAGUCAGUACAGAACUUUUUUAAAAACAAUGUCCAUGUCUGCCGUAACUGUCUGGGAGCGGAGCAAAAGUUUUGAUAGGGACAAUCAUGAUAGAAUGAUUUGAUAAAAUCACGUUCGUAUACUGCUUUGAUUUUUUUGGAAAUAAUAUGAUUAGAUUUGUCAUACUGCUUACUGCUUGCAAAGGGGCUACGACUGGCAAUAUCUAUAUGCAGACAGGUUUCCUUUUUCA